UCUUAUGGAGGCCAUUUGAAUUCUCAAGAAGACUUCUGAAAGUGGAAAGCUGUAACAUAACUGAAUCCAAAUUACAGAUUGCACUAGCUUGGACACCACCGACACAAAAGCUUAGAACACCUUGUAUUUUCUUGUUCGGUCAAAGAAAAAGCUUCUCAACUAUGCCACAGUUAGAAACAGACCAAAGAGACUCUGAAUUGUUUUCACCACCCUCUGAUGUUCGAGGAAUGACAAAACUUGAUAGAAAAGCUUUUACAAAAGCAGUCACUAUUCCAGUACUUAAAGUGAAGAAAGAAAUAGUCAGUAAAUUGAUGCGAUCUCUUAAAAGGGUAGCACUGCAGCGCCCAGGCAUAAAACGUGUGAUUGAAGAUCCAGAAGAUGAAGAUAGUAGACUAAUUAUGUUGGAUCCCUAUAAAAUGUUUUCUUGUGAUUCCUUUGAGAAAGCAGAACUCAGUAUUUUAAAGCAGCUCAAUGUCAAUCCACAGGUAUCUAAAUAUAAUUUGGAACUAACCUAUGAAAACUUUAAGUCAGAAGAAAUCUUGAAAGCUGUGCUUCCUGAAGGCCAAGAUGUGACUUCAGGAUUUAGCAGAGUUGGACAUAUUGCUCACCUGAACCUUCGAGAUCAUCAACUACCUUUCAAGCAUUUAAUUGGCCAAGUUAUGAUAGACAAAAACCCAGGAAUCACCUCAGCAGUAAAUAAAAUCAAUAAUAUUAACAAUACUUACCGAAAUUUCCAAAUGGAAGUGCUGUCUGGAGAGGAAAACAUGGUGACCAAGGUUCGAGAAAACAGCUACAACUAUGAAUUUGAUUUUUCAAAAGUCUAUUGGAAUCCUCGUCUCUCUACAGAACACAGCCGUAUCACAGAACUUCUCAAGCCUGGGGAUGUCCUAUUUGAUGUUUUUGCUGGAGUUGGGCCCUUUGUCAUUCCAGUAGCAAAGAAGAAUUGCACCGUGUUUGCCAAUGAUCUCAAUCCUGAAUCCCAUAAAUGGCUGUUGCACAAUUGUAAAUUAAAUAAAGUGGACCAAAAGGUAAAAGUCUUCAACUUGGAUGGGAAAGACUUCCUCCAAGGACCAGUCAGAGAAGAGUUAAUGCAGCAGUUGGGACCACUGUCAAAAGAAAGAAAACACUCUAUGCACAUUGUUAUGAACUUGCCAGCGAAGGCUGUAGAGUUUCUCAGUGCCUUCAGAUCACUGUUAGAUGGGCCGCCUUGCCACAGUGAGCUUCUACCCAUAGUGCACUGUUACAGCUUUUCCAAAGAUGCUAAUCCUGCUCAGGAUGUUCGGCAGCAAGCUGGAGCUGUGUUAGGUGUUUCCUUGGAGGCAUGCAGUUCGGUUCAUGUAGUAAGAAAUGUGGCCCCUAAUAAAGAAAUGCUAUGCAUCACCUUUCAGAUUCCUGCUACUGUACUCUACAAGAACAAAACCAUAAAUCUAGACAAUCACGGAGAUCCACCUCUUAAACGCCAGAGAACAGAUACAGCCUUUUCAGAAGAAAAAAUAGAAAUUGCUUCAAACACUUAAUUAGGAAUAUUUUCUCCAUUUCCCCCCUAGACUUUUAUAUAGCAAAAUACAAUGUGUAUGAUUGCAUAAAAUUUUAGCAGUUACUUUAUUAUUGAA